AUGAAACGCAUGUUGAACUUCCGUCGCCGACGACGUUCUACUACCUUGCUGCUCGCGACAGGCCCGAGUCUCCUUCUAGCGAACGACCAUAUAUUGAUCCCCUCACUUCGCUCUAUCUCCGGAACUCGUGCUCCCUGCUCGUGCAGAAUGUCAACUGUGGCAGCUCAACUCGGCACCAGGGCCAGCUCGGUGAAUAAUACUUUAUCAAGUUCUUUCGAUUCACGUCAACUCCAACGCCAUUUUCCUCUCGCACCCCUUACAUGCCAGAACUGCGGCGCGCCGGCUGAUGACGUUCCUGCAUCACAAGCAAACCGACUGACAACCUUGACUGAGGAACCAACUGCGUUUAGGGAAGAAAGGAACGAUUCCGGGGUGAUGAUGACUGCCAGCUCCCAAGUGCAACCCGGGAAAAAGGAGCCUUAUGACCGGCCAAACACAUCGGCUGCCACAAAGAAAGAUCGAAACAUGAACUGGGGUAAUUACUCUCUCUCCAAGUCCAAAAGCACAAGCAACUUAGCCUCCCGGAGCAAGCAAUCUAGCGACACCGAAACUCUCACCAGCGAUCCAGUUGGCUCGGAACCACAUCCUGAACAGCUGGGCAACUUCCGUGAGUCUCUUGAACAACAGUUCGCGAUGGACACCUCCAUCCAGUUUGAUAUCAACAGAGACAUGAGCUCAUCUCUUCCUCACCUUGGCUAUCAUUCCGACUCUCCUUUCAAUGGACCCUCCCAUGCAGCCCCAGCACGCGCUCAGCAAUCCCGCUUAUCAAUGCUUGCUUUUGAAGAUGAUACAAAACAAGCCAACAACCCACACAGCUCUGACAAGCGCCACCAGAGUUUUGCAAAGAGGUUUUCAGCACAUUUUUCCUGGAAAAGAUACCCAAAAGGCUAA